AUGUUUUCUAAAGAUCGCGUAAACAAAUGGUUGAAGUAAGUUAUCUCGAAAUGCUCUCCCAAAUCUUUGAUUUGUUCAGAAACACAGGUAGUAUGGAUGAAAAAGUUGUGGAAUUGUCAAAUGAGGCGACAUUGUAUCAUGAUCAGAUUGCUAAAAUGAUUCCUGCUCUUCAAAAACAUGUAAAAGAUUUGACUGCGGAUAAACAUCCAUAUGUGAAAUGUAGCACUGGAAUUCGUGGUUAUAAAGAGGGAAUGGUUGUUAAAUCCUUGGCUGCAAAAGUCGAUAAAGCUGGUGAUGCUGUGGAUAAGAUGAACGAGAAAACAACAAAUAUUGGGAGAAAUAUCUCGAAUGAUAUUAUGGCUAAAUGUUUGAGUUACAAGGAGGUAUCUUUCUAGAUAUUUUAGUUUGUGGAUCAGGGAAACAUCAUUUUUGUAGGUCGAAUGUCGUGAUAUUGAUCAACAAAUGAAACAAUAUGCUAAAGUUUGCAAGGAACUCGAGAACAACAAAAAGAAAGCCGAUAAAGAUGCGAAUAAUAAUUAUCUUGUUGAUGCAUCACAAGAAAGUCUGAAAAAGUGCACCGAGGAAACAUUGGCAACAUUGGCAAAGUUCAAUAAGGCUUCUGUUGAAGUAUACAAUUCAACAGCUAAACAAUUUCUGAAAUUAAUGGAAGCUUAUUGUGAUGAUGGUGCGAGAAUUAUGGAUGUCUAG